AUGUUUUUCAGGGGACUGAGUCGAAGUGGGCAGUGUUGGAAUGGUUGUAAUUGUUUGGAAUCUCCUCAUCAUUUGUUCUGUGACUGCCCUAUUUUCAAGGCCUAUCAAGUGGUGUGUCAGGCAAUUCCUUCACUCCUAUCUGACAAUUCCGCUUUAUCCUGGCCCCAUGGGUGGAAUAGAUGGUUUUUGGGCCAUACUCCAUUAUUAAAGCGGGAUUUCCCAUCACUUCCAGAUAGGGUGGUGAUUGCUUUGUCUCAUAUCUGGCACAUUGCAUUUAUCCAUUUGGCUGGUCAUAUAUGGGGGCAUGUUCAGAGGGCAGCUGGUGGUGGUUUGGUUCAUCACCGGUUUUGA